ACGAAAUGAGCUCUGUUAACAUCUCCCUGUCAGCUGGUGUUUUCUUCGGCCAUUUUCGCCAUUAACUGAUAUUUUUUAUAUUAAUGUGAGAGUGUGUAUUGAAGGCAGUUGGGUGUUCCGUCUGAAAGUCCGUCCAGUUGAUCUGAGGUGUCCAAUUGUACAGGGUCACCAUUCAACAGUCUCUGAUGGGGGCAGGUCAGUCCAUCGGCCGCACCCUCUUCUUCCUCCGCCAUGCCUUGGGAAUGUGUAUUUUCCAAAGACUUGGUGAGACACUCAUGGACAUCCCUGGAAAAGAUCAGGAACGCUGACUGCAGUGUGGAGCAGUGGUGCUGGAGGAAACGCCUCAAACGUUUUUCCACAGGCUCCCAUCAUGUCCCACAACUACCCGUACCGCCAGCCGGCCUCUGACUCUGACCUACGGCCUGAUCCACGGCGUUAUGGUGCUGGAGCUGACAGAGACUUUUACAGACAGCCUCAGGAGUCUUUCUCCUCCUCUUCCAGGAGCUCAGCAGCACUGCAAUCGGCUCACGGCUCCCAAGAUGGAGUUCUGAGCCUUCUGAGCAGCUGCGGUCUGGAGCCUGAAGAUCUGUCCGUGUUAGCGAAGCUUCCUGAAGACAUCCUCACUGUUGAGUCUCUUCCUCAAAUCCUGAAACACAUCAAAGGGAAGAAAGGAUCGGUCCAACCUUUUGCUCCCAGAUCUCCUGAAGAUGUUGAGUUCACAGGGAAGGUCGGAACCAUUAAACCUUUGCCUACCAGAGCUCCUACUUCCCCACCAUCGUCCUCUGCUUCAUUUAAGCCCUUAAGCUCCGGCCAUUGGCCCUCCACCAGCACGGCCUCCAGAGACUGGGAGCAGCUCCGCAGGCAGCCGGUCCAGUACCCGCUGCACCUGAUCUCCUCCUCUUCUGCUCCGCCUGAGUCACAGCUGGACCGCUGGGUGGGUCAUAAGACCAUCGGCUCUGUCAGGUCCCCACCAUCAUCAUCCAGACGUGCCGUAGACCACGACCACAGGCCACGCCCCCCUAGUUAUGGUAAGGAAGGUUCUUCUUUCAGCACACCAGGAUCAGUGGACAGAGCCCGUCCUUCUCGUUUGUCCACUGCUGGAUCGGCUGAUUACAGAUCAGUUCCUCCUCGUCUUGACGAGGAUCGCCGUGACUCCAGGUCGUCCUACAGCAGCCGGGGCCCAAUGCCUUCCAAAAAACAAGCUCUGGACUUCCAUGGAACAUCGCCAGCGGUGUUCCCGUACUCAUGCUCUCUGUGUGAUAUCACGGUUCUUUCAGAGAAGGCUUGGAUUCAGCACAUCAACACCACUGGACAUGCAGAUGGACAGCUCAACCUGCUGCAGCAGUUUCCAAGGUGGGACUGUCGCCUGGGAAGAGUUGGGAGGGACGAUAACCAAUCAGACCAGCGGAAAGAUGGACCAAGGCCUGCCCCACCAACUCCCAGACCCAAUCAGAACCGAGAUCCUCAGACAUCCAAAAAGCAGCAGAAGGCAUCUGAUAAGGGGAAGGUGGUGUGUGCCAAGUUUCCUCCUCAGUCUGUAGAUGAGGUGCGUCUGAGGAAACUCAUCGAGCCAUUUGGAAAAGUUGGAAAGAUCCUCAUGUUUCCAUCUCUGGCGUUUGUGGAGAUGGGCUCCUGUGAUCAGGCGAAAGAUGUUGUGAAGUUCUACAGCAGCUCUGAUAAGGCUGCCAGGAAGGAGAAGAUCGAGUUCAGCAUCUCCAACGCCUUCAGUUUCCUGCAGAGCUCCCAGGUGGUAAGCUUCACUCCAGCUCCAACAGGUGAGGACGGACGCUCCGACCUGAUCAGCAUCGCCAAACGCUUCGGAGAGCCGCUCUACACGCUGUUCCUGCCGUCCAAGGCGUUUGUGGAGAUGAAACUUUCUGCAGAAGCUCAGAAGUUGGUCGAUUAUUACUCAUCAAACCUUCUGAGGAUCAACACAGACACCAUCCAGGUGUCCUUCUCAUCAGAGUACAGAACCCUGAUGCGGGUUCCAUCGGCCCAGAAGUAUGAAGACGAACCAACCGAGACAAAGGAGUCCAACAGAGACCAGAGGACCAGGUCCAGAGAAAGGUCCAGGGAAAGAAGCACAGACAGAAAGAGAAGAGAGACCAGAACCAGGUCAAGGUCCAGAGAUAAAUCCAGGAUGAAAUCCAGCCAGGAAAACAGGUCCAAAUCCAAAGAACACUUCAGUUCCAGGUCCCCCAGACAGAGCCAGUCUGAAGAGAAGUCUGAAGAACCAGAAAACUCAGAACCCAGAUCUGCGGAGGAACCUCAGAAGGAUCAAGGUGUCUCCACCAACACAGAGGCUCCUGCUGAGGAGGAGGAGGAACAGAUGGGUGGUGAAGAUCGGUCAGCCGCAGAAGACAGCGACCUCGAGGGGAUGGAGGUGAUCGCUGAGGACGGAGAAAACGUGGAGGGCGAGGACGACCUGGAGAGUCAGGAAGAGAAGAACCAAGAGAAAAGUGUCCAACCAGAAGAGUCACUUGAAGCAGAUGAACAAAAGCUGGAGAGCUUUGAAGCUAAUAAAGACAAACCAGAGCUCCAGGAGAUGGAGGAAACGGAAGCUAAUGAGGAGAAGAAAGAAAGGACUAGUGAGAUGGAGCAGGAGGAACCUGCUCACAUCCUGGAUGAGGAAGCAGAAUUCCCGGUGGACCUGGAGAACUGCAUCACUCUGGAUGAAGUGAAGACGGAUGAUGAAGAUGAAGGUCCUCCUGCUGAUGGACACUCUGAGGGAGCCUCAGAGUCCAGCAGGGUUCUGUUCUUUAGCACAAUGCCUCUGCAAUACACCGACAUGGAGUUCAUCACACUGAUGAGAGGCUUUGGGACGGUGGUCCAUUACCUCCUGAUCCAGAACCGACAACAGGGUUUCAUCGAGAUGUCGACUUCCUCUGAAGCUCUGAAAGCUGCUGAAGAGCUUCAGUCCAAACCCACCUACAUCAGCGGAACCAGACUGAUCGGCAUCUUAUCUGAGAAAUUCUCUGGUCUCACCAACGGGUGGCCCGUUCCAGAGGAAGAGAGGAGCGAAGAAAGGAGUGGCGGACUGAGCACAGCCACCACCUCAGAACCGGAUCAGAAGACCUCUGAGGGGAAGAUGAGGUCCAGAGGGACUCCAGAGACAGAGACAUCUAAAAUAGGUCUGGAGACAUCUGACAGUAUUUUAGAGAUAGAAAUGUCUGAGACAAUCACUAGAACCCAAAAGGGAAUGGAGACUCCAGAUAAGAUCACUUCAGAUGGGAAGACAAGAUCCAGAAAGUCUCCAGAGCAGGAACCACCAAAAAUAAGUCCAGAGAUGCAGAUGAGACCCCAGAAAGCUACAGAAUCAUCUAGAAACACUCUUGAGAAAAGAAUGUCUGCUAAGACCUCAGGGAGAAAAACAAGAUCCAGAAAGAGUCUGGAGAAGGAAACAUCUGAAAUGAAUCCAGAAGAAGAGACAUCUGAGGAAAAACAUGAGGCACUGAGACAGACAUCUAAAGACAAGAUCCCUAGAAAUAGUUCUGAGGAGGAACCCGCUCAAAGAAAUACUCGAACGAGGAACGCCACCUCCCGAAGCAUUCUAGAUACCAAUGUGGAGAAAAGGAAAGGGUCUCCUGAGAACAACGCAGUGCCUCUGAAAACUCUCAGGACUGAGGAAGCUGCAGAAAACAAAGAAAAGGCUGAGAGGACAACAGAACAAGAAGCCAACGAAGAGAAAAAUCAGGAAAUAAAGACUGACGUCAACAAUCCAGAGGGUCCAGAACCACCUGAACAGGAGUUGGGGACUGAGCGAGAGGCAGCACCAGCAGAGGGCGCCACUGAACCAGAGAAACCUGCCAAACCUGUCGGAGCAGAGUUCGUUCGUCCUGUCGUCGGUUAUUUCUGUAAUCUGUGUCAGCUGAUCUUCAUCGAUGAAGAUGAAGCCAAGUUCCAACAUUGCAGCACACCGGCACACUACAGGAACUACCAGGAGAAAACAGGCAAGGAUCCGUGGAUGGGCUGAGUUACCGGUUAUGGAUCAGAACUGAAGAAGUUUUAUGUCUUAAUUUGAUCAGAGACCUUCAGUGUUCAGAGGAACUCUGUUCUUGCUGCUGUAAAUGUGAAAAAGAUUGAAUUAAAUCAAUUUCAAGUCUGA